CUUGAUGCUUCUUUCAAAUCAUUCAUCAGCAUUGCAGUUCUUUUCUCUAUUAUAUCUCUAGAGAAUCUGCUGCGAUUCUCUUGAAUCAAAAUUAAAUAAAGCAAAAGCAGACAAAACACCAUCAAAAUGGCUCGCCAAGUUAUUGUGGUUGCCCUUAUUUUCAUGGCUGUUGUCGGAGCAUUCGCUGCUGAUGCAAACUCCCCGGCUUCUUCACCUUCCUUGUCCCCAUCUUCGUCCCCUGCCGGCACCCCUUCCAAUGCCCCCGAUUCUUCCAUUGGUAUCGAGGUCCCAAAUGAGGACCCAACCGAGGAACCGGUGGCCGAAGGACCAUCCGAUGAAGUAACCGCUGACUCUGGUGCUGGGCAUGCCCCUGCUCCUGGCCCAGGGCCACCAGAAGGCUUAGCACCUCCAGCCGACACCGCUACAUAAACUGCUAUUUAUUUGUUUAAAUUUUAUGUAAUCCGAAAAAAUAAUGUUUCGUACUACAAUUGAUUAUGGAUUUGAGCUAUUUCU